AUGUCAACCCCUCUCCGUCGCAGAUCUAACAACAACUCUCUUAACGGAAACCACACUAACGGAAACAGCAAAAUGGAGAAGAAGAACAAUAUCGCCAAGAAAACCGACGGCGACGACGGAGAAGGGCUGAAAACGGCGUCGUUUAUGACUUGGACGGCGCGUGACGUUGCGUACGUGGCGAGACACCAUUGGAUACCUUGUUUGUUCGCGGUCGGAGUUUUGUUUUUCACCGGCGUGGAGUACACGCUCCUGAUGAUUCCGCCGAGUUCUCAGCCGUUUGAUAUUGGUUUUGUGGCCACGCGCUCUCUGCAUCGCGUCUUGGCAGAUUCGCCCGACCUUAACACCGUUUUAGCCGCACUAAACACGGUGUUCGUAGCGAUGCAAACAACGUAUAUUGUAUGGGCAUGGUUCAUGGAAGGAAGACCACGAGCAACCAUCUCGGCUUGCUUUAUGUUCACGUGUCGCGGCAUUCUCGGUUACUCCACUCAGCUCCCUCUCCCUCAGGAGUUUCUAGGAUCAGGAGUCGAUUUUCCUGUGGGAAACGUCUCGUUCUUCCUUUUCUACUCAGGUCAUGUAGCCGGUUCGAUGAUCGCAUCUUUGGACAUGAGGAGAAUGCAGAGGUUUAGACUUGCGAUGGUUUUUGACAUCCUCAAUGUAUUACAAUCGAUCAGGCUGCUCGGGACAAGAGGACACUACACGAUCGAUCUCGCGGUUGGAGUUGGCGCUGGGAUUCUCUUUGACUCAUUGGCCGGGAAGUACGAAGAAAUGAUGAGCAAGAGACACAGUUUAACCAAUGGUUUUAGUUUGAUAUCGAAAGACUCUCUAGUCAAUUAA